AUGAAUGAGAGCAAUCUUGGCUACAGUGAAACAAUAAUUGCUACAGUAAUGAACAGUGCUGCUACAGUAAUGAACAGUACUGCUACGGGUGUUCUGUGGGCUGGCUCAGAAUCUUGUUCUGAACCUAGUGGUGGCCUUGGUUUCGUGGUUGGAGGUUUUGUUUCUUUGCUUACUAUGACUUUAAAGUACUACAAUGAUCUAUUUGUAUUUGACCUCGAUCAAUUUAAGUGGCAAGAAAUAAAGCCUAAGCCUGGAGCAAUGUGGCCAACUGCGCGUAGUGGUUUUCAAUUAUUUGUUUACCAAGAUGAAAUUUUUUUGUAUGGUGGCUAUUCAAAAGAAGUUUCAUCUGAUAAGAGUGUCUCUGAGAAAGGAAUUGUUCAUUCAGACAUGUGGUCCCUUGACCCUAAGACUUGGGAAUGGAACAAGGUUAAGAAAAGUGGAAUGCCUCCUGGGCCUCGUGCUGGGUUUUCCAUGUGUGUUCAUAAGAGGAGGGCUCUGCUAUUUGGCGGUGUUGUGGAUAUAGAAGUUGAAGGUGAUGUAAUGAUGAGCUUAUUCUUGAAUGAGCUUUAUGGCUUUCAGUUAGACAACAAUCGCUGGUAUCCUCUGGAGUUGAGAAAGGAGAAAUCAACAAAAGAUAAGUUAAAAAAGAAUGAACAAAAUUUUACUGAUGAUAUCGAAAAGAUAAAUCCAGAGUGUGCAGCAACAGAAGAAACUGAGGAUUCAGAAUUUGAAGAAAGCAACAUUGAUGAUAUAUCCCAGAAUAUUGCAUCAAAUGUGACCAUUGUUGAUAGUGAAACACUUAUCAAAUCUGAAGGAAAGCCUAAGGAAUCUGGUUCUAAAUUGGACAUUCAGAGUUCUUCUUUGCCUGAGGUAGUGAAGCCCUGUGGACGUAUUAAUUCCUGCAUGGCCAUUGGAAGAGAUACAUUAUAUAUAUAUGGUGGCAUGAUGGAGAUUAAAGAUCAAGAAAUCACUCUUGACGACUUGUAUUCUCUGAACCUUAGCAAACUGGAUGAAUGGAAGUGCAUUAUACCGGCAUCAGAGUCUGAAUGGGUGGAAGCAUCAGAGGAGGAUGAUGAUGAUGAAGAAGAAAAUGAAGAUGAUGAUGAAGAUGAAUCCGAUGGCGAUAGAACAAGUGAAGAGAAUGAAGACGAUGAGGAAGAGGAGGAGGAGGUUCAGAAUGCAUCAGAUCAGGUAGGAGAUGCUGUUGCUUUAAUCAAGGGAGGGGGAAGGAAUCUGCGGAGGAAAGAAAGGAGGUCACGGAUAGAGCAAAUCAGAGCAAGCCUUGGCUUGUCAGAUUCACAGAGAACACCAUUGCCAGGAGAGUCGUUGAGGGAUUUCUAUAAGCGAACAAAUUUGUAUUGGCAAAUGGCAGCCCAUGAACAUACUCAACACACUGGAAAAGAACUUCGCAAGGAUGGUUUUGAUCUUGCUGAAGCUCGGUAUAGGGAGCUUAAACCUAUUCUUGACGAGCUGGCUCUAUUAGAAGCUGAGCAGAAAGCUGAAGAGGAUGAGGGGCCUGAAACUAGUGCAAAGAAAAGAGGCAAGAAGAAAACUAGAAAUUGAUAAUUUAUUUAGUACGAGGCUUGGGUGCCAUCGAGAAUGUAAUUUGCAAUUUUGGCCGAGUUUGAUGUCAUUAUAUGGGGAGGUUAUGCUAAGAGUUUUAUGCCGUUAAUGUGCACGUAUGAUCAUGUUACAUGUAAUCAUUGGAAAAAUGCAUACACAAAAAAUCACUGCUACGCUCUCAAAAACAAAAACAAAAAUUCACAGC